UUUAUCUCCUGCUGUCAUUUCUGGGUUCCAUCUGUCGUUGAACUACCUGCCCCGCGAAUCAUUUUGUUACUGUUAGCCAUAUACGCUUUUCAACCGGUGGAAGACUGACACAGCUCUGACAGGAUUGAAACGGGUUGUGUCGAGCCAUGGCAUUCAGCAAAGGUUAUCGUAUUUAUCAUAAACUGGAUCCACCUCCAUACAGUGUGAUUGUGGAGACGAGGAACAGAGAUGAAUGCCUGAUGUUCGAGUCUGGAGCUGUUGCCGUACUGUCGGCAGCAGAGAAGGAGACCAUCAAAACAGCAUACACCAAGAUGCUGGAUGCUUAUGGUAUCCUGGGAGUUCUUCGUCUUAACCUUGGGGAUUCUAUGCUACACAGCCUAGUGGUCGCAACAGGAUGCAGUUCAGUUGGCAAAGUCCAGGAUUCCGAAGUCUUUCGGGUAACUGGUACAGACUUUGUGUCUCUGAACAACGACCCCUCGGAUGAGGACCGGAUCGCUGAUGUGAGGAAAGUCUUAAACUCUGGGAACUUCUAUUUUGCCUGGUCCUCCACUGGAGUGAGUCUGGACCUCAGCUUGAAUGCACACCGUAGAAUUAGAGAAGACAUAUCGGACAAUCGAUUUUUCUGGAAUCAGUCCUUGCAUCUUCAUCUCAAGCAUUACGGGGUGAACUGUGAUGAUUGGCUGCUGAGAUUGAUGUGUGGUGGAGUGGAGAUCCGCACCAUCUACGCUGGACACAAGCAAGCCAAAGCUUGUGUGAUCUCGCGGCUCAGCUCGGAGAGGGCAGGCACACGUUUCAAUGUCCGGGGCACGAAUGAUGACGGGCAGGUGGCCAACUUUGUGGAGACUGAGCAGGUUAUUUUUCUUGACGACAAAGUGUCCUCCUUCAUUCAGAUCCGAGGCUCAAUACCUCUAUUCUGGGAGCAGCCGGGUAUUCAGGUUGGUUCCCAUCGUGUAAAGCUGUCCCGUGGUUUUGAAGCAAAUGCACCGGCUUUUGAGAGACACUUUAGUGCUCUGAGGAGGCUGUAUGGCAAACAGGUGAUCAUCAACCUGCUGGGUAUGAAGGAGGGUGAGAACAUGCUCAGCAAAGCAUUCCAGAGUCACCUGAAAGCUUCGGAACAUGCAAACGCUGUGAAAAUGUUGAACUUUGACUAUCAUCAGAUGGUUAGAGGUGGGAAGACUGACAAGCUCAGCACUGUUCUAAAACCUCAGAUCAGCAAGUUUCUGGAGGAAUGUAGUUUCUUCUACUACUCCGGGGAGGCUGGCAUUCAGAGGUGUCAGUCAGGGACCAUUCGUUCCAAUUGUCUGGACUGCUUGGACAGGACAAACAGCGUCCAGGCCUUCAUUGCACUUGAGAUGCUUCCAAAACAGUUGGAGGACAUGGGUCUGACUGAGAAGCCUCAGCUGGUAGCACGCUUUCAGGAGGUCUUCCGCUCCAUGUGGUCCACCAAUGGAGACUCAGUCAGCAAGAUCUACGCAGGCACUGGUGCUCUGGAUGGCAAGGCUAAGCUGAAAGAUGGAGCUCGCUCAGUCACCAGAACCAUCCAGAACAACUUCUUUGACAGCUCAAAACAGGAAGCCAUUGACAUCCUGAGGCUGGGCAGCACUCUGAAUAGUGACCUAGCAGAUAAAGCACGAGCCCUCCUCACCACCAGCAGUCUGUAUGUCACUGAGCCCAUUUUACAGUCAGCAUCUCCCAGAGUCCUGCUUGGUAUGUGUCAGAACCAUUACAAGUACACACGUCCCAAGAAGAUCAGAGUGUGUGUGGGGACUUGGAACGUGAAUGGGGGCAAGCAGUUCCGUAGCAUUGCAUUUCGUAACCACACACUCAAUGACUGGCUACUGGAUGCACCUAAGAAGGCCGGGCACCCAGAAUUCCAAGACAGUAAAUCCAAUCCUGUGGACAUCUUUGCCAUUGGCUUUGAGGAAAUGGUGGAGCUGAAUGCUGGCAAUAUCGUCAGUGCAAGCACCACUAAUCAGAAGCUGUGGGCUGCAGAGCUGCAGAAGAACAUCUCACGAGAUCAGAGAUAUGUGCUAUUGGCUUCUGAGCAGCUGGUGGGGGUGUGUCUGUUCGUCUACAUACGGCCUCAGCAUGCACCUUUCAUCAGGGAUGUUGCUGUGGAUACUGUAAAGACUGGAAUGGGUGGAGCCACUGGCAAUAAAGGAGGUGUGGCCAUCCGCAUGCUCUUCCACACCACCAGUAUCUGCUUUGUAUGCUCGCACUUUGCCGCAGGCCAAUCACAGGUCAAAGAAAGGAAUGACGACUACAACGAGAUUGCACGCAAACUAUCCUUCCCCAUGGGUCGUCUGCUGUACUCCCAUGAUUAUGUAUUCUGGUGUGGAGAUUUUAACUACCGGAUAAAUCUGCCAAAUGAAGAGGUGAAAGAACUGAUCAGACAGCAGAACUGGGACGCACUGAUUGCUGGAGAUCAACUGGUGGAGCAGAAGAAUGCUGGACAGGUUUUCAGGGGCUUUAUUGAAGGGAAGCUGGAUUUUGCCCCCACCUACAAAUAUGACCUGUUUUCAGAGGACUACGACACCAGUGAGAAGUGCCGUACACCAGCCUGGACCGAUCGUGUGCUCUGGAAGAGACGAAAGUGGAACUUUGAUAAAACUGCUGAAGAGUUGGAGUUAAAUGUAGUAGGAGCCCAAGUGAAUGAGGAAGAUCAGUACCCAUGGAGCCCUGGAGACCUCAAGUAUUAUGGCAGAGCAGAACUGAAGACCUCUGAUCAUAGGCCUGUGGUGGCCAUAAUUGAUGUGGACAUACUGGAGGUGGAUCCAGAGGCCAGACAUCAGGUGUAUAAAGAUGUGAUCGCCAUGCAGGGUCCACCUGAUGGCACCAUCCUCGUCUCUCUCUGCUCGUCUGGUCCCGAUGACUUCUUUGAUGAUGCUUUGAUUGACGAACUGCUGGAUAAGUUUGCUAACUUUGGCGAGGUUAUUCUUAUCAGGUUUGUUGAGGAAAAAAUGUGGGUGACAUUUUUAGAGGGCUACUCAGCUCUGGCUGCUCUCUCCUUGAGUGCCUCCACUGUGAAUGGAAAGAUCAUAGACGUCCGUUUGAGAAGUCCUGGCUGGAUAAAGAGUCUAGAAGAGGAAAUGAGUGUGGAGAGAAUCUGCGGGAGCAUCCCAACUUCCACCAGCUCAACUUUGCUGGCAGAGAAUUCCGACAUGGGAGAAGAGUAUGACAUGGAAGGUGAUGUGGACGAGGAGGUUGAGGAUAUCUUACCCCAGCACCUGCAGCCAGGAGCGGGCAUGGAUCUUAGUGCAUCACCCGCCACUUCCCCUCGCAGCAGCCCCUGCCCCUCUCCUACCCAUGGAGAGCCUGCACCCCCCAUCCGGCCCAACAGAGCCACUGCACGCACUGCUGGACCACCACAGGGAGGAUUAAGUCCAGCGACCAGUAGAAGGGAACUGGCAGGUUCUCCUGUUGAUGGUCAGCCAGCCGGAGCUCUCUCAUUUCAGGGACUAGAGCCAAAACGCCCCCCUCCACCACGCCCUAAUGCACCACCAGCUCGACCUGCACCUCCACAGCGCCCACCACCACCCUCAGGAGGGAGAAGUCCUACUCCUGUUAGGAAAGAUUCAGCAGGCUUUGCUGAGCCUCUCAAUCUAGACUUUGAUCUGACUGAUUAUGAAGGACAAAAAAGCCCAGCAUUAGCACGGGCAGAUCCUGGUCGAGUUCAGGCCAGUGGAUCAGCCCCUGGAGGUGCUCCAAGGCCGAUCCCACCUAGAGCAGGAGUCAUCAGCGUCCCUUCUCAAGCCAGACCUCCCCCUCCUGCUCAUCUUGGGGCCCCCAGACCCAUAGCAGAGGUGCAUCCUGGGGCCCCUCGACCCUCACCUGAUAAUCACCCUGGAGCACCACGACCCAUUUCUGAACCCCCAAGCAAACCGUCCGAGCUGCCACUGGGUCCACCUCCCACACUGCCAGGUCCCAUGAGACCUCAGAUGAUAUCACCCAUGCAGCCCCCAACUGUGUCUACAAUACAGCCUCCGGUCCGACUGCAACAGCCCUCACCCAUUCAAGCCCAGCUCCCUGCACCAAUGCAGCCCACCUUUCCUGCACCUCUGUUGCCUCAGCCGGCCGCCGCGCCCCAGGCACCUUUAGCUGGAUCUUCUGCCGCCUCUCAGCCCGGACUGGCCUCUCCCAAGCCUCCACCUCGAAGCCGGUCCUCCCAUGCACUGCCACCUGAGUCUGCACCUACUACUGCUGCUCCUACAUCUCAGGUCAAGAAUGGAGUCCAAAGAGAAGCACAAUGGAAUCUAGACCCCUUUGACAUGCUUAACACCCAGUCCAUACUCCAGGACACAUCAUUCUCCAUGUCCCUUCCACACUCCUCCUCUUCCUUCACCCCAUCUCCCUACUCUUCCUCUUCUACAUUGCCCAUCUCCCUCUUCUCCUCCUUGCAAAGCCCUCCUUUAGCUCCAGACACCAGCAGCGCUCCAUGUUUUCUGCCUCCACCUGUUCCCUCCCGCAGCAAGUCCCAGGAGACCCUCCGUGCAUCCCCCAAUCCAUUCUUUGCUGAAGCCCAACCCAGACCCAACAGUACCAACCCCUUCACCGGUGGCUUGCUGUCCUCACAGCACCGAUCGCUCACACCCGAUUUCUGUACCCAAGUGACCAAGCCUGGCCUGAACAGGGCGAUGUCUGCUGUGGUUCAGAGUUCUACUCUUCCUCCUUCCUUCUGUAGACAGCAACCCUUAAUUCCCGCUGCAGCACCGGCCCCAGCCAAUCGGACCCAGAAGUGGGUCACGUUUGACGAUGAUUCAGACUUUCUCCGGUUAGGAAAGGUUCAAUCAGGACCUCCGCUUAUACCGGCAGCCUCAUCUCUUUCCGUCCCUCAACCCCAGAGCAGCUUCUCCAACUCGGGCUUUGACAUAGACAGCAACUGGGCGUCUCUUUCCACCUCCUCAUUUCCAACAAUCCCCCCUCCGAUCUCAUCAAGGACUAAUACCAGCAUUAAAAAUGGCCACAAUCCUUCCAUAAAUGAAUUCACAGAGAGAUGAUACAGGGUGGAUUAAGGAGCUGAGAGAGUAUAUUAUUGUGUAUCUAUAAUAUGUGAAUGGUUUGUAUAAAAGUGCGAGAUAUCCGAAGUGUUGACCCGUUUUGACUGAAAUGAAUUUACCAGGCCCUCUCUUUGCCCAAAGCAGACAGCAAACUAGGGGGAUAUCAACACAGUUCUUAGUGAAUUAGUAUAUUUUUCAUGAUAUCUGCAUAUUAACCUGCAUAUACACACAUAUGUGUGUACAGUUUUACAGUUUAAUGGCCAGAUUUAAUAUAUUAAGAUUUAUUAGUACAAGCUUCAUAAUUGGGCAAUAAAAACUCCACAUCUCACUUGCAACAAAUCCUAACCCUAAUACAAAUGAGGAAAACCUAGGCUUUUAUAUAUUUCAGACACACAGAUUUAAAGGAAUAUUCCUGGUUCAAUACAAGUUAAGCUCAAUCGACAGCAUUUGUGGCAUAAUAUUGAUAACCACAAAAAUAUUUUCAAAUCGUCCCUCGUUUAUUUAAAAAAAAAAAAAAAAUAGAAUUUACAGUAAGGUGCUAACAAUGGAAGUAAAUGUGGCCAAUCCGUAAAUAUUCAAAGUACACACUUUUUCAAAAGUAUAGCCAUCAGAUGUAAACAUUAUGUGUUAACAUGAUUUUAUUGUGAUACAAUUGCUUCCUAACCUUAUCAGUGUAAAGUUAUAUCCAAUUUUACAACUUCGUUGCCAUGAUGACGCAUCGCAAGUAAACCCUAUGAGCCAUUUUAGCACACUAAAAUCAUGUUAACACGUAUAAUGUUUACAUCUUGUGGCUAUACUUUUGAAACCAUGUCUAUUUUAAUGUUUUUGUGCUGGCCCCAUUCACUUACAUUGAAAGUGUACAGCAAUUUUGUACUUUAUUUUUUUUUUUUUUUAAAUAAACAUGGCGAAAAUAUUUUCUUUGGUAAUCAACAUUAUGCUACAAAUGCUGUUGAUUGAGCUUAACUUGUAUUGAACCCGGAACAUUCCUUUAAAAUGCCUGGCUUUCCGACCUGUUCUAUGCCAUCACGGCAACAGUUAAAGUGGGCUUGACCGUGAGCUGAGGUCAGAUAUUUUUGUCGUUAAUCUUAUUAUGAAUGUAUCUUUCACCUGUUUCUAUUGCCUAUGUUUAGAUAGUUGUUCAAACACUCUGUGUGCACAGUACAUAGAUGUAUGUAAUGAAAGUUCAAUUGUGGGUCUGAUUUUUCUGGGUGUUCACAACCCCACCCCAACUGUGCUUGUGCUUGGCUGUCUCAGUUGUAAAAAUAUAUCUUCUAUACAUAUUCAUGGUGAUUCUAUAUGUCUUCCUAGUGGGACAAAUGUAAACUGGUUAUGAAUUGUGUCUAUAUUUGCAGCAUAUACAUGCCAUAUCUAAAGUGCUCUGAAGAGCUCUGUCUUUUAGGCUUUUAAACAAAGGAUGAAGCCAAAGUUUGAGAUAUUGGGGUUGUGGACAGUGGAGAGCAUAUCUGUUUCAUAAGCAUGAGGGCAUUAGCUGCCCCUCUUAUUUAUCAACCCUGAUAUACAUAUGUGCUUUCAGUUCAUCUGAUCCAAAGCUCACAACAGACCUGCUGUAUUUAACUAAUGUGUUGUGUGUCUUAUUUGGUGGGUUCCUCCAUUAGGGAUCCUGGCUUUCUUUCGUGCAAUGGAUGUGUACUUAUUCGCUCAAUUAAAUCAUACUUUUUAAUUUCAAUGGACAGGUACUUGAUAAAUCUAUUUAUUGUUAUGUGGAUGAAUACUGUGCUGUGUUUUGGAGUGCACUGUCGGUUUACAUGUACUAGCUGUCUGUGCGAGUGUGCUUGCGAGUUUGCGUUGUCAUGUGGAAGAAUUCAAACAUGUUUGUUACAAGUCAGCUGACCCCAGAGUCACCAUGCUUUUUAAAAGUAACAUUCUGUACGGUCCUUUAAAGGUUAUAACUUUUAAAGAUUUAAAGCGCAUUCUGUUGGUGAAAAGUGAGAAGAUUCUGAGGCAGUUUAUCAUGUUCCAGCCUAUGUUGAUUUUUAGCAUACCAGACUGUAAUGGUGCAUUAUGGUUGAACAGCCCUCAGCACUGUUUUUGUGUAACAAGUCAUUUUUCUUAUGUUCGUCUCGUAGUUUUAUGUGCAGGUUGUAUCAUUGUGCCUCAAGGGCAUAAUGAAGUCAUUUAUUCAGGGUAGAAGUGUGGGUGUUUCAGUGGCAAAAGUAUUUUACUUGUACUUUUAAUCCUUGUUUACAUUUAGGUAAAACUUUAACAUCAAACGUUGAGUUUUCAAAAGCAUUACAGAUUUACUGUAUCUUUGAUUAUCACAGCACUAAAAAGACUGAGAACACAGGUCCUCCAUUUGGGGUUUUGUUGAGGAUGGGGUCAGGAGAAUGCCAUCCAGUGAGAGAAUUAAUGCAAUGAGUUAACCAUUCCAAAAUGCAUUCCAAAGCACUAACUGUGAACGUCACUUGAAUUCAGACAGGUAUCUGGCCAUGGAUGGUAUAUAUUUUUUUCCUUUGAUGACUGAUCAAUGCUAUGUAACCACUUCAAAUGUAAAGGCAUUAAAUGUCAUUUGUUCAGGUGUUCUGUAUAAUGAAAGUAUCUGAUGCCAGUGCUAGUUAUUUAUGAGAAGCAAGGUUUUAUAGGAAUUUACUCCUUUUGUUAAGUUAAUGUUCCUUUGUAGCUUUAGCCCAGUAGUGAACAGAAGUCUGUGGUAUUAACCAUAUUAUAUGUAUGUAUACACAAACCACAAAACUGCAAUUCAGUAAUUUAAGUGCAUACCAAAGGUGCACAUUUAUGUACGAAGCAAUUGAUGUUGUAUGUAUGCAAUAAUAAAUUUAAUUCAGUAUGGAAAA